AUGACAAGAAUAACAGCGGAUCUUUCAAAGAACAGAUUUACUGAAAUUCCUCCUGAUGUCUGGCUGUUUGCACCACUGGAAACUUUAAAUUUGUAUCACAACUGCAUCAAAUCCAUUCCAGAAUCUAUUAAAAACCUGCAAAUGCUUACCUACCUUAACAUUAGUCGAAAUCUUUUAUCAACGUUGCCAAAGUACCUGUUUGAUCUUCCACUUAAAGUUCUGGUUGUUAGUAAUAAUAAGCUGGUCUCCAUUCCAGAAGAAAUUGGAAAGUUGAGAGAUCUAAUGGAGCUGGAUAUUAGCUGCAAUGAACUUCAGGUUCUUCCCCAGCAAAUAGGAAAAUUGCAGUCACUUAGAGAAUUAAACAUAAGAAGAAAUAAUCUCCAUAUGUUGCCUGAUGAAUUAGGAGACCUUCCCUUGGUAAAGCUGGAUUUUUCUUGUAAUAAAAUUACAGAAAUUCCAAUUUGUUACAGAAAGUUACGUCACUUACAAGUUAUAGUUCUGGAUAACAAUCCAAUGCAGAUACCACCAGCACAGAUAUGUUUAAAGGGUAAAGUACAUAUAUUUAAAUUCCUCAGCAUUCAGGCGUGCCUCAGAAUAGAUAAAAAACCAGAUUCUUUGGAUCUUCCGUCAUUAGGUAAACGAAUCCCCUCCCAGCCACUCACAGACAGCAUGGAGGACUUUUAUCCCAAUAAAAAUCAUGGACCAGACUCUGGCAUCGGAAGUGAUAAUGGGGAUAAAAGGUUGUCCACAACAGAACCAUCUGAUGAUGAUACAAUCAGCCUUCACUCCCAGGUGUCAGAAUCAACAAGGGAACAGACAUUAAGGAAUGACAAUCAUGUAAUGGGAAAUAAACUCGAUCCGCAGAAAGACCAGGAGGUGUAUGAUUACAUUGAUCCGAAUGCAGAAGAGGGAGCUGUUCCUGAGCAAGGAGAUGUACAGAUUGGACCAUUACUGUCUUAUAUCAAGGAACGGGGAAAACAUCCUGAGAAAUCCCAGAAAAUAGAACAGAAUGAGGACUGGGGAGAUGAAAAAAGACUUCAGAAAGAACAGCUGUUGGCUGAAGAUGAUGAUGAACUCAAAGAAGUGACUGACUUGAGAAAAAUAGCAGCUCAGUUACUGCAGCAAGAACAAAAACACAGGCUUCUUAAUCAUUCAGUUUCAGUAAGCACAAGGAACAGGCCAAAGCAGCCAAUGGAAUCUGAAAAAUGUGUCUCAACAGAUGAAGUGAAUUCCCCAGUGUCCCCAUUCAGCUGGCAGCCACUGGAAAACCAGAAGGAUUCAAUGGAUGAGCAGCACUGGCCAGAAACACAGCCAGUGAUUUGGCAGAAUGAAGAAAGAAGGAGAAGUAAACAAAUUAGAAAAGAGUAUUUCAAGUAUAAGUCUUCCAGAAAGAGUUCAAGUGGAAAUGAAAAUGAUGAGCAAGACAGUGAUAAUACUAAUGUGUCCCCACAGUCUCCUGUGUCGUCUGAGGAUUAUGAAAGGACAGAUAGUAACACUCAUGGUCCGUUUGGUCUCAAACCAAGGUCAGCUUUCAGCCGUGCAUCACGUCAGGACUAUGGUGCAGUGGACCCUGGAUUUACAAUGAGGAGGAAAAUGGAGCAUUUAAGGGAAGAAAGGGAACAAAUAAGACAGCUUCGUAAUAAUCUUGAAUCAAGGUUAAAAGUAAUUUUGCCAGAUGACAUUGGAGCAGCAUUGAUGGAUGGAGUAGUUCUUUGCCAUUUAGCCAAUCACAUAAGGCCACGUUCUGUUGCCAGCAUUCAUGUACCGUCGCCAGCAGUGCCUAAACUCAGUAUGGCAAAAUGCCGAAGAAAUGUUGAAAACUUUCUUGAUGCUUGUAAAAAAUUGGGCGUUCCACAGGAGAGACUUUGCUUGCCUCAUCACAUUCUGGAGGAAAGGGGUCUGGUGAAGGUUGGCCUCACAGUUCAAGCUCUGCUUGAAUUGCCUACACUGAAAGUAUCUCAGCUUUCCUCCAUGUGACGUGACUUCUUCGAAGCUAGACAACUUACCGUUCGAUCUGUUGAUCUGUAUUGCUCUGAGGCAGUUCAGCUUCCUACAUGGGAACAUCCAAGCCAUCAAAAACUAAUAUCUGUCCAGAUGCUGUAGAGAGCCUUACUUUGGAGUUGUACAUGAAAACCUUGGAGUCAGCUGACAGUUAAAAGAACAUAAUUAUUCUUUUUUUUCUUUUUUGUAAUUGGAUGCACAAAGAGAUGGUGGUAACAUCAGUUUCUCUUUCCAGUUAAUUUAAGUUAAAAGCUGCCAUUUAACAUCUCUCAGUGUUACAGUUAAAUGCUGGAUUUCUUUUCCUACAUUGAAAAUGGUGUUUGAAUUAUUUUAGAAGUAUAAAGCACAUUACCACCACCCCACCCCGCCCCUUUACUCUUUCAAGUCAAUCAUUUGAUUUAAAGGUAAGACAAAAAUGUAGCCAUGGUAUGAUGGUAAAAAUGCAAGCGACUGAUCACUUGUAAUCCACUUUCACUCUCUCAGAAAGCUUAAUAUUUGUGUUCUUUAUUUUUUGCACUCCUGAUUGUAACUUACACACUUCUAACAUUGCCAGUAUUUAGUCUGAGUGUAUGGUGAUUACACAAAACAGUAUAUAAUGGGAAAAGGACACAUUUUACUGAGUUUUUUCCAGUCUUCUAGGUUGGUGCCAAAUAUUUUUUUCAGUUGUACUGUAGAUUGUUUACAUGUGAAGUGCCUGUGUAAUUGAUAACUCUUAAUAGUCUUAAACAUUUUUGAAAUUUCUUUGUUUAAAAUAGAUAAAAUGGAAAUUUUAAAAUAUUUUAAUAGGUUUUUGUAAAAUCAGUAUGUGAAGAUUUAAGUAAUACUUCACAUUUUUGAUGUUGGGUGUUUUAAGUUUGUUGCACAAUUUAAUUGGUUAUUUUGAUGUCUAAUAAUUAGAAAAUACUGUAAAUACUUUUUAUUUAUGAUAUUUAAUUUGAUAAUACCUAAUCACUUUUGGUUUAAUGUAUUAUUGGACAAAAAAAAAGUUGUCUACUUUUCUUUGUUUGGGACAAACAAAUAUACAUGGUGAGUACGACAUGAGGACUAGUGAUGCAUACAGAGUAGUUUAGGACAUUUUGAUAAAACUGCCAAAAUCUCAGGUUUACGCUGUGACUUUCAGGAUUUUGUGUAAUAUUGCUCCUGAUCUCACGUUACGUUUUUACAACAGGUUUAUCCAUAAUUAGUUGGGAAAUAUCAAUGUUUAUCUUUUUUAGUGUUUAUGGGAUUUAUUGUAUAAUUUACACAAGUGUGGCAUAGCACACAAAUCAGUUUGUACAAAUGUCACUGUGCUGAGACAUUAGAUUUUUCUGGAUAAAUGUGAAAGAAAAAUUUCCACUGUGGUGGUUUUUUGAAACGUAGGAGUUUAUGCAUUUGUUUGCUUCUGCACAAAUUCUCGGUGUUUUGAGAACAUUCUGAAACCAUACACAGUUGAGUUCUCUUGUCCAAACAAGUUGCAAAUAAUUUCAUAAUUUUAGUAAUAGAUCUGUUUGCAUUAGUUUGUUCUUCAUGAAUAGGUAGCUCAAUUAAAAAAAAAAAGUUCUGACUGUCACAGAUUUUCUGUUUCAGGCUACAUUGAUUUUGAUUGAGGGAUAUGUUUGCCAAGCAUGUAACAAGAUUUGAUUCUGUUCUUUCCAACUGAUCAACACCCCAUGUAAUAUAAUUCAUAACAGAAUGAGGGAGGGGUAUAGUUUACUCCUUACUUCAUUUACUAUAGUCCUUAAAAUCAAUAGCUGAGAGGAAAAGUAACCUCUUUCUGAUGACAAGACUUUAAAAAAAAGAAAGAUAAAUUAUUUUUAAAUCCAUCGCAACAAGCUGAUUCAUGUUUAGUAGUUAAAAACCACUAAUGUUUUUAUAGUAUUUUCUUAAAAUACAGCUCAUGGAGAGGCUGGCGUAAAACUUAAUUUGCAAAGUCCUAGAUAUAAAUCUUAGGUUACAUAAAUACUUGUUUAAGGAAACUGGAUUGCUUUGACCUUUGAAGUACGGUAUUUCAAAUCUGUCUGGUUUUUAAAUCAUUCACAUAAUACUUGUUUUAACAACUUAAGUCUCUGUUUUUUGUUAAAGGCCGUAUCUGAAAAGUCAUGCUAAGACUAAAAUGAUAAAGUAAUAUAAUUCAUUGAGCAAAAUGCUUGUUUGCUACAUUUGAAGAACACAACCAUUC